AUGGCUAGCGAUUUCUCCUCUGCCAUGACCGCGAGGUCGCUCCGCAUAGUCAAGACGGAACUCGAGUUUUUGGCCGACGCAUCGGUUAUUAGCCAGCAACAGCUCUCAUCACUUCUUUCCCAACUUCCCACCAACGAAAAUGCUGCUCGCUCCGUAUACCAGGCGCAGACUUCUUCAAGCCCCGCCUCGGUGGCCCCUCCAAGCUUCCAUGCGCAGCCGCCUCCUACCACGCCGAUGAACAAUUUGUCCUUGAAUGAGAAAGCACCCCUGCCGGAACCCGUUCGAUCACCCGUCCCUGUCGCUCCGCAAGCAUUCUCUCCUCCCCCAGUUCCUCCGCCCCAGGCAGCACCACCUCCUCAAGCUCCUCCGGUGCUAGCAGUCGCAACUGCACUCUACGCAUACACUCCCACCGACCCUGGCGACUUGGCGCUAAAUGUCGGCGACAAGAUUCAGGUGUCUGAGGGAUAUUCCCCCCGGAGCUACGUCAACGUCAUUGAUGAGAAGCCAUCCUCUGCAGCGGCCCCACCCAGUUAUGGAAAUAUGCCGAUGGAGGUUAGCCAAGGAGGCCAGCCUAGUACCCCGUCAGACCCGAGCAGCAACAAGUUCGCGCAGGGUGGGAAGAAGUUCGGGAAGAAACUCGGAAAUGCAGCUAUCUUCGGUGCUGGCGCUGCGGCUGGCGCAGAUCUUGUCAACUCUAUUUUCUAG